AUGGCUCCCACAGGUCUCGCAAUCAUCAUUGGAGCCGGUCCAACCAGCGGACGAGGCAUCGCUCGUGUUCUCGCUCGGGCAGAUGGCGGCAAUCUCGCCGUAGCUCUUCUAGCUCGCAACGUCGAUAAUCUCAAUAAUCUUCGCGAUGGCCUUCGCAAAGAGACAAAUGGCCUUCUUCACGCCUUUCCCACAGACACCCAGCCCGAGAAUCUGCAGAAGGCAUUCCAGGAUAUCCGCAACCACGACGACUUCAAGGAGCUCAAACUCAAACUGGCCAUCUACCAUGUCAAACACGCCAGCAAGAAGCCUUUCCUUGAGGAGACAGCUGAGGCUUUCACCGAUAGCAUGCAGACAUACACCACCGGCGCAGUUGUCUUUGCGCAGGAAGCUCUGAAGCUUAUCUACGAACAGAAUGGUGGACAGACGCUCUUGUCUGACACCAAUGGUGCGAAGAAGGGGACUAUUAUCUUUACCGGUACUCUGGGAGCUAUGAGGACAAACACUGGUUAUGCUGCGUAUGGAGCGACUCGUGCAUCGGCCCGGAUGGUCGCUCAGGCUAUUGCCAAAGAACAUAGCAAGUACGGCGUGCAGUGUGUCCAUGCGAUAGCUAAUGGGAGAAUUACCGAUGAGGACACUGAGGAAACGAGAACAGGAAAGCAGAUGAGGGCUGAAGAUGUUGGACAGACGUAUUUGUGGUUGUCACAGCAGCCUAGUUCGCUUUGGAUUCAUGAGUUGGACUUGAGACCUGCGCAAGAGUCCUUCUAG